AUGAGCACUCUCCGAGUCGUCAGCACUGAUAAAUCUCCUGCCGCCAUAGGCCCAUACUCUCAAGCCAUAGUUGCAAACGGAUUUGUCUUUGCGUCAGGUCAAAUUCCUGUCAAUCCUGAGACAAACAAUAUCGUCAGCGACCAUGUUCAAGAGCAAGUGCGUCAGACCCUUCGUAAUCUUUCAAAUGUAUUGGAAGCAGCAAAUUCCUCGCUUUCACGAGUAGUCAAGACUACCGUCUAUAUAAAAGAUAUGAAUGAUUUUUCUGCCAUCAACGAAACUUAUGCCGAACAAGGCGAAGAGUAUUUGAGUGGUGUGCUCCUGCUCAGCAAUGAUUUAUAUCGACUUUUUAGAUUUUUGGUGACUCCCGACCUGCCCGAGCGUGUGUUGAGGUAG